UGCAUGAGGCUGGUGCUUGCCCAGGAGCCACCCAGCGCCCGCGCUGACGCCUGAGGCAGCGCCGGGAGCCAUGUCGGGUUCCUACGACGAGUCGGCGGCGGCCGCAGAGGGAACAACCGACAGCUUCUGGGAGGUGGGGAACUACAAGCGCACAGUGAAGCGGAUCGAUGACGGGCACCGGCUCUGCAAUGACCUCAUGAACUGCGUGCACGAGCGGGCCAAGAUCGAGAAGUCCUACGCCCAGCAGCUCACCGACUGGUCCAAGCGGUGGAGGCAGCUCAUCGAGAAAGGUCCCCAGUAUGGCAGCCUGGAGAAGGCGUGGGGUGCCAUCAUGACGGAGGCGGACAAGGUGAGCGAGCUGCACCAGGACGUGAAGAACAGCCUGCUGAACGAUGACUUCGAGAAGGUCAAGAACUGGCAGAAGGACGCCUACCACAAGCAGAUCAUGGGAGGUUUCAAGGAGGCCAAGGAGGCUGAGGACGGCUUCCGGAAAGCCCAGAAGCCCUGGGCCAAGAAGCUCAAGGAGCUGGAGACAGCCAAGAAAGCCUACCACCUGGCAUGCAAGGAGGAGAAGCUGGCGAUGACCCGGGAAGCCAACAGCAAGGCGGAGCAGUCCAACACCCCUGAGCAGCAGAAGAAGCUCCAGGACAAAGUGGAAAAAUGCAAGCAAGAUGUGCAAAAGACUCAGGAGAAGUACGAGAAGGUGUUGGACGAGCUGAACAAGUGCACCCCACAGUACAUCGAGAGCAUGGAGCAGGUCUUUGAGCAGUGCCAGCAGUUUGAGGAGAAGAGGCUCAACUUCCUCAAGGAAGUGCUCCUGGACAUCAAGAGGCACCUGAACCUGGCCGAGAGCAGCAGCUACGCCAACGUCUACCGGGAGCUGGAGCAGGCCAUCCGCCUCUCGGACGCGCAGGAGGAUCUCCGGUGGUUCCGCAGCAGCAGUGGCCCCGGGAUGCCCAUGAACUGGCCCCAGUUCGAGGAGUGGAACCCGGACCUAACGCACACGAUAACACGGAAGGAGAAGCAGAAGAAGGGCGAGGGGGUGACCCUGACCAAUGCCAGCAGCAUGGGCGAGACGGGGGCGCCGGCGGGCGAGCGUGGGAGCGUGAGCAGCCAUGACCCCGGGCAGACCUACAGCGCCGAGUGGUCCGACGACGAAGGCAGCAACUCCUUCAACACCAGCGAGGCCAACGGCGGCACCAACCCCUUCGACGAGGAGUCAGCGGGGAAGGGCGUGCGGGUGCGGGCCCUGUACGACUACGAUGGGCAGGAGCAGGAUGAGCUCAGCUUCAAAGCAGGUGAUGAACUAACCAAACUUGGUGAAGAAGACGAGCAAGGAUGGUGCAAAGGGCGCUUGGACAACGGGCAGCUAGGUCUCUACCCCGCCAACUACGUGGAGGCAAUCUAA